AUGACGGCCAUAUUAGAAGUUGUUUCUUGCUACUCUGGCUUUGUGACGCUAAUGUUGAUGGUACUGGUUCUGAAGGAGUCUUACCCCUCUUCAUCACCAAUAUGGUUUGUAGAAUCAGAUGACCCAAACCUGACUUCAGUCUUAGAGCGUUUAGAAGAUAUUAAGAAGAGCAAUACCCUGCUUCUUCAACAGCUGAAGCGAUUAAUAUGUGACCUCUGCAGAUUAUAUAAUCUUCCUCAGCAUCCAGAUGUUGAAAUGUUAGAUCAGCCAUUACCAGCUGGACAGAAUGGAACAACAGAAGAAGUUACAUCGGAGGAGGAGGAGGAGGAAGAUAUGGGUGAAGACAUUGAAGAUCUGGAUCACUAUGAUAUGAAGGAGGAGGAACCAGUUGACGGGAAGAAAUCUGAGGAUGAAGGCAUUGAAAAAGAGAACCUUGCAAUCUUAGAAAAAAUCAGAAAAAAUCAAAGGCAAGAUCAUUUAAAUGGUGCAGUCUCUGGGUCAGUUCAGGCUUCAGAUCGGCUUAUGAAAGAACUCAGGGAUAUAUAUAGAUCACAGAGUUAUAAGACAGGGAUAUAUUCAGUGGAACUGGUAAAUGACAGCUUGUAUGAAUGGCAUGUUAAGCUUCUGAAGGUUGAUCCUGAUAGCCCACUGCAUAGUGAUCUUCAGGUCUUAAAAGAAAAAGAAGGUGUAGAAUACAUUUUACUCAACUUCUCUUUUAAGGAUAACUUCCCUUUUGAUCCUCCCUUCGUGCGAGUGGUUUCUCCUGUGCUCACAGGAGGGUAUGUCCUAGGUGGAGGUGCACUAUGCAUGGAACUUCUUACUAAACAGGGCUGGAGCAGUGCCUAUUCAAUAGAAUCGGUCAUCAUGCAGAUCAAUGCCACUUUAGUCAAAGGAAAAGCCAGAGUACAGUUUGGAGCCAAUAAGAAUCAAUAUAAUCUAGCAAGAGCACAGCAGUCCUAUAAGUCACUAGUACAAAUACAUGAGAAAAAUGGCUGGUACACUCCUCCGAAAGAAGAUGGCUAACAUUGAGGACUGUGGUAUACCUGGACCAAUGUCAACAAAACAACUCUUUUUUAUGUUUUUCCAACACACAGACUCAAGCUAUGAGUGCCCCUAUAACAGCUGUACUGAAGACUUUAGCUAUUAGUUAAGUUAGUGGAUAAUCUGUCAACUGACACGUAAAAGUAUAAGUUACAGCCUUACCAUUCCUCUCUUCUUAGGUAUCUGGACUGAGCAGUUUGGGCCUUUACUGUAUUUGUUCAUAUGGAUUAAGCAUAUUUGGGCCAUGCCCUCCCUUCUUCCUUUUAUAUUUGAAAGCAUAAGCUCCCUACAGCCGGCUAUUGAGAUGCUACAGAUCAUUCAAUAGGAGUGAGUUGUUCACACUUGUGUAUUUCUUACCUUUUGCAGAAUGCAGACUGCAGAGACUUACAUUGUAUCGUUUAAUUUAAAGCCAAGAAGUUUAAUACGUUGUUUAAUACUGUUUUAGGAAUCAUCAGAUCUUGCAAACAGUGGUAGUUUUUCUGGUCUAAAAUGACAGCAUUUGUAGUAUUUCCAAAUUAAUGAUAUAGGAAAAACACGUGUAUGUUAAGUCAUUAAACAUUUUUCAUGGC